AACCAAACGUCAAAUUCCCACCAGCCUCGAUACUGUCAAAUCAACUUCCAAUCAUGGCAUGCAGGAAGGUAGUCAUCGAUCUCGGCAAAUUAAGCCGAAACCAAAGGCUCUACAGCUCAGCUGCCUCAUGUGGUAGCGGCGGAAAACCAGCAUCAUCAGCUCCUCGGGCAGAUUUGGAGAAAGUCACUCAUACCGGGCAGGUUUUCGAAAAGGAUGACUACCGAAAUGUUCGAUUCACCAACGCGAAACGAUAUGUUAAUGAGAAUUGGGGUAUUAAAUUGAUCGAUGAGAUUCCACCGAAGGAAGUUACUGAGAGGGUAGUGUACUGCGAUGGAGGCAAUGGACCCCUAGGACAUCCGAAAGUUUACAUUAAUUUGGACAAGCCUGGUGCACAUAUUUGCGGAUAUUGUGGCUUACGAUUCGUCAAGAAGGAUGAUCAUCACCAUUGAACGAUUGUUCGAAAUGUUUAGUGGAAAUUUGUUGGUGAUCCAAAGCUACUUCACUUUGUUUAGAUUAAAAUGUAUUUAAAGAAAGUAGACACAA